AUGGAUCAAUAUGGUCCUCUUCUUUCACAAGUCCUCGUUCAAGGCUCCCUUGCGGUUAUGAAUUUGAUUACUAAAGUUGCCUUCCAACAAGGCAUGAGUAGUUACAUAUUUGUGACCUAUAGACAGGCCUUUGCCACUUUGGCCAUUGCUCCUUUCGCUUAUUUCUUGGAUAGGGUUCCACUGUGUCAGAUACCCUACUUCAUCGGGAUUGACUACACUUCCUCCACUUUUGCUUCUGUAAUGAGUAAUCUUAUACCCGUGAUCACAUUUAUCUUGGCCUUCUUGCUUAGAAUGGAGAAGGUAAAUAUAAGGACCUUAAGGGGCUCGGCUAAGGUUUUUGGGACCAUCACAUGCGUUGGAGGUGCUAUGGUCAUCAGAUUUGUUAAGGCCCAUUCUUUGGAGUUCUUUAAACACAUCAGAGCACCAAAAACUCUGUCCAAUAUCUUGCGCAUCAAUCCCUCUGUUCAUUCACCUGAUAACUGGACUUUGGGCCCAAUUUUGCUAAUCUUGAGUGUCACUGCUUAUGCAUCUUGGAUAAUUUACCAUACAUGGGCUUUCGAGGAUUAUCCAGCUCCGUUGUCAUUGACUGCAAUGAUUUUGUUCAUCGGCACAAUUCAGGCAGGCCUGGUUGCGAUCAUCUUUGAUAGAUCGGAUGCUUGGAAGCUACAACUCAACUUCAACCUCUUCACUUAUGCUUACAGUGGUAUCAUGUGUUCCGCUCUAGCAUUCUUCAUUCAAAGCUGGUGCAUCGAGAAGAAAGGCCCCGUCUUUACAUCUGCAUUUACCCCUUUAUGCACAGUAACCGUCGCUUUUCUUGAGCCCAUCAUACGUCAUGUGAACAUUUAUGUCGGGACUUUAGUAGGGAUGAUUAUGGUGUUGUGUGGGCUUUAUUCAGUAUUGUGGGGCAUGGGAAAGGACAGAAAGUCUAGCUCAAAGAUAUUGCCUAUCCAGAAUGAAGAGGACUUCAUGGAUGAAGAUGAAAGAGUGUUACAAGAGGAGGAUAUCUUGGAUGGAGAUGAGAAAGAGAGGGAAGAUGGCAUGAUUCAGGUGAUGGUAAUGGAAAACCCAAAGUGGAAUGACUGGUUUCUUGGUGCAGAAGUACUUGUUUUGGAGGAUUAGGAAAAGAGGUUCACACCAAACCCAAUUGAGGUCAACUGCUCUGUCAUGCAUUGAUUCUCUUGCUAUAGCCCCUUUUUGAGCUAGUUAUCAACCCAGAUUUUCGACAAAGGCAACGAAGUGGCAGAUUGAUAACUGACUAUAGGUGCUCCAGUUAUAAUUACUAGGAUUUUCCCUCCAGUUCAGCUACCUUGGGGCCAUUGUGGA